AUGUCCGACGCUACUGAAUCAACACAGCUCAUAGAGUCUACUCCAAAAGGAUACUUACCAAAGAACGAAAUCGAGUAUGAGUUCGGAGGCCCAGUGGGUGCUCUUGGAAUGAUGAUUGGAUUUCCAUUGUUGAUGAUCUACAUGUGGAUCAGCGCUCAAUUCUAUAAUGGCAAGCCAGCGUGGCCCGCAGAAGGACAAAGCUUCGAAUCUUUCCUCAAAGUAUUGUGGGUGUAUUUCCGCGACUUUGGAAUUCCAUCUCCCACCGUUGUUGCUGUUUUUACAACAUUCUUCGUUGUUCAAGGCUUCUUUUACUUGACUUUACCUGGCGUGUGGACAAAGGGCCAACCAUUGACUCAUUUAGGAGGCAGACAAUUGCCAUACUACUGCAAUGCUAUCUGGUCAUUCUACUUGACAAAUGUUAUUUUGCUUGGUUUACAUUUCGCAGGCUACAAAAUGUACUUCAUCAUUGACCAUUUUGGAGAAGUGAUGACUACCGCUAUCGUUUACGGCAUGAUAAUGUCUAUUGGCUUGUACUUGUACACUCUAUUUGUCUCUGGUGACUACCACAGAAUGACUGGAAACCAUAUUUAUGAUUGCUUCAUGGGUGCACCUUUGAACCCAAGAAUUGGCAAGUAUUUGGACUUGAAGAUGUUUUUUGAGGUCAGAAUCCCUUGGUUCACUUUGUACUUUAUGUCGUUAGCCACCGCUCUUUUGCAGUACGACAAGUAUGGUAAGGUUUCACCACAAGUAUGCUUCAUCGUAUAUGCCCACUGGUUGUAUGCCAAUGCCUGCUCAAAGGGUGAAGAAUUAAUUGUUCCUACUUGGGACAUGGCUUACGAGAAGUUUGGCUUCAUGUUGAUCUUCUGGAAUAUUGCAGGUGUGCCAUAUACCUAUUGCCAUUGUACAUUGUACUUGGCCUACCAUGACCCUAGCGAGUAUGCAUGGUCUACCGCAUACAACACUACCCUUUUCAUUGUUUUGACUAUCGCAUACUACUUUUUCGACACUGGUAACAGACAAAAGAACAGUUUCAGAAGAGUCAUGGCAGGCAACACUAAUCUCCGCAAGACCUUCCCUUACUUACCUUACUCGGAUCUCGUCAACCCUUCUUAUAUCAAGUGUGAAAAUGGAUCCAUGUUGUUGACGGAUGGAUGGUACAAGUAUGCUCGUAAAGCACAUUACACUGCUGACUGGACACAGUCUCUCACCUGGGGCUUGAUUUGCGGGUUUGCAUCGCCUUUCCCUUGGUUUUUCCCUGUCUUCUUCUUCAUCGUCUUGGUGCACAGAGCAUACAGAGACAUGAGAAAGUGUGAAAAAAAAUACGGCAAGGACUGGGACAGAUACUUGGAGGCUUGCCCAUACUUGUUCAUUCCAUACGUGUGGUAA